AUGAUUUUUUGCUUUUUUUUUUAAUUCGCGCUAAAACACUAUGUCACGUGACAUUUCCGACGAGCUAUGACAUCAUAUUUCGAUAAACAAAACAAGGAUAAUACGGCGCUUCAACUGUUUUGAGUGAUAAUUAUACAGAUUUAAUUGGAAUUGUUAAAAUGACAAGCUACAAAACGUGUGCGGUGCCUAUGUGUCGUAGUACGACAAUUAAAUGUCCCAACAAAUUGUUUAUACACGUUCCUAAAUGCCCAAAACGUCGAAAGCAAUGGUUACAAUUGGCACGCCGAGACCCACAGUUUACGUCUGAUAAGUCUGCGAUAUUCUUUUGUGAGGAUCACUUUGAUCUACCUUAUGAUAUGGAAAAUUAUAUCCAAUACAGUAUAAUGGGUUCUAUUGGUAAAAUAAAAAUGAAACCCGACUGUUUACCAUUGAAAUUUCAUUGUCAACCGGACAGAAUAAAACGAACAGGGCCUCCACAGCCUCGAUCAGUUGUAAGCAAAAGACUACGUAUGCACAUAUUACAAGAAAUAUUUUCUCAGGAAAUGCCAUCAACAUCAGGCAAGACUUGCAAAAGCGGUGAGUAAAGUUAUCAAUUAGUAAGUUAG